CUCGAGCGCCAGGCUAGGGGAGAGCCCCGGGUAUAAGCUCUUCUGCCAUUUGCUGAGCAAUCACUUGAGCUCCUUUGUCCCCCUCCCUCGCCCUUUGCACUCUCGCUUCGCCCGCGUCUCUUUGCGUCCCCGCCCCAUCCCGCCUGAAGCCAGCAUGUCCAUCACGUCGCUAUUCUUCAGUGUCCUGGCCGUGGCCAUGGCCGGCCUUGGUCUCGCCGGUGGCAUCGUCAAGGCCAUCGAUGGUGCCGACAACGACCGCGGCUACUCGCAGGUCAUCAUCGGUGUGGUGAUUUGUAUCAUCUGCCUAUUCCAUGCAUUGGUAGAAAUCUACCAAAUGCAAUGGGUGAAGAAGUACUUCACCUUCCUGACCUCCACCUGGUGGGGGAAGGGCAUCCUCAUCACCAUGUACGGUCUGCUGAUCUUGGAUCGUCCCAAGUACACGUUCACUUUCGUGGCAGGGAUCAUUCUCAUCGUGGCCGGCAUUGUGUAUGGUCUGCUCGCCUUCACGAAGGUCGACAAGCCGGAUGCCAUCAUCUGAGCCAAAGAAAGGGAGAGCGAGAGAGCACCGUGCGGUGCGUGCGCCCCGAGCACAGCAGCGCAUGGUGCAGCAGGGCGAGCGGACACCGUCUGUGCGUGGGUGCGCGCGCGCGCGCGCUCGCCACCGCCCUCUCGGCCCGCCCCCGCGCCCUGCCUCUCGCGCCCGCGCCCGGGCUUUGGUGUAUCCUCUGGCAGACGCGCCCUCGCGCACGCGCCUUCCCCCCCUGUAUGCGCGGGCGCGUGAGUGUCUGCCAUGACGAAUGUCGUGUCCCCUCGCGCCUCUCUUUUUGCGUGCGAGUCGAUAAAAAAGAGCGAGAAACCGGCCCCAGCCACACACCCCCCCCC